ACUCAUACUGGGUGAUCACUACGCGAUAGAGACAGUAAUAACAGGAAACUCGGUGGCGCUUUAAACGCUGAUACUCCCGGUGACCAGCGGCCACCAGUCAGUCAGCGGACACCUCGACAAGAAAUAAAUAUAAUACGCCUGGAAAGUGAGACGCUUUCUAACUGACGAAUUUUAAAUCUGCGACACGCGCGCUGGGAGUUUACAAAUGUCCGCUCGUGCGUUCAGCUGUGCACCGGUAUUCCGAUGUGGUCGAGCUGGAGCGAAAUCUGGCUUUACAACGGGAGGAAAACUUUGAUGUGAGACUCUGCGACAUUGUUUAUCGCGACUUGAUACUGAAUCCAGAUCAGAAAGGAAGACGGGCUAUGGAUACCCCUUCGGAUCGAUUUCAUCAGCAGCCAGCCCAGAUGUGUUCCUUCGAACUGUAUCGCAGUCUGACAGAUUCCAACCCCACGAGCCGCCGUUUUUCAUCUGGCAGCCUGUCCUCCCACCCCCUAUUCUCCCCUCUCAUGCACCCCAACAGUGCCUCCCAUGGGUGGGGUAAUUUCCGCCAGCGUCAGGCCUUGUUUCCUGGGCUGUUAGUGGAUGACGAUGUAAGCGAAGAGGAUGUGUUUGGAAAGAGGGACUUUACGGCUGGGGGUAACCCAUCAUCACAGCACUGUCCUGGAGACAAGGGACAAGGUUCAGCACUUGAACUUGAAGACUGGAGCCAUGAUUUUGCAGAAGUAAAGAGACUCAGGAUGGACUCAGCAGAUAGGAGUCAAGAAGAGUUUGGUAGGGAAGGCAAGAGAGGGAGGAAGAGUAGAGCCUUGGGUAGAAUGAAUGAGAGGAAAGGAGGGAAACAGGGAAACAGGAGGGAAAGCAGGGAAGGUAGGAAGAGACAGCGGCAAGAACUUAAGCUUCAAUUAGAGGAGACCAAAGGGAAACUUCUAGAGCUUCAACGUAAAGUAUGGAGAGUGUAUGGAGGGGAGAUUGAUGAUGAGAACAGAUGUGAGGAAGAACAAGAUAAUAGAGCAAUAAAUCUUGAUGAGGUUGCAGAGAUGUUUUCCGACGGUGAUGAUCCACUCAUUAGCGGUGGAUCUUCUCCCCCACGCUGUUCAUCUAAGAAAAACAAUGAAAGCAACCAGAAUGGGAAUGCAGGAAUAUUCCCAGAGACAUCCAUGGACCUGGAGUUAAAUGGUGAUCAGGUGUGGCUGGGUUGCAGUCUGAUCAGGGGUGAGUGGGAGAGCACAGAAGGAGGGCAGAAGUUUGCUCAAGCUCUGAAGCAGGAGCUGGCAAGUGUUGUGGCUCAAGUUAUUGACAAGGUUGUUCGGCUCUAUGCUGAAACAGACCACUCCUUUGUCACAUCUACCACUAUGGCCCAAGAAACCAGUAUGGCACUGGAUCUAAACACAAACAGUGGGCCGAAACCUGACAGAGUCGCUCAUGUGGCAGAACAGGUGGAAGCUUUACCACUCAUCUCUAAGAGUUCUCAAGAAAAGAGGGCCCCUAUUGUUCAGAGUGGACCCAAGGACCUCCUCAUCCCUCAAGCCAAUCCCAGCCUUGCUCCUUUACCCCAGCCCCCUCUCUCAGUGCUUUUACCCCCUAGGAGGAAAGAACACUUCCUGCCCUCCUAUCCCCCAGAUAACCCUGUGUCCUUGCCCAUUCUCCACUACACCAUGCAGAAUCUGUUUGCCCGCUCACUCUCUAGUUUGCCACUUCAUAAGGACUGCCUGUCCGAACCUUUCAUGGAGUUCCAUUCACACAACUCUGCGUUCCCACCCCUCCCCUUGCUGGGCCAGUUAGACCCAUCUCAGAUGGAUAGAUUGAGGGAAGGAGGGAUGAGGGGAGGGGGAGCAGGAUUGGUGGAUGGAGGAGAUGCAGCCCUAUAUCUUGCUGCAGGGUCAUCUCAGGAAGGUCUUUCUCCUUGCCACCUGAAGAAAGCCAAACUCAUGUUCUUUUACGCACGCUACCCCAGCUCUAGCACACUCAAGACAUACUUCCCUGAUGUCAAGUUCAAUCGCUGUGUCACUUCACAGCUGAUUAAGUGGUUCAGUAACUUCCGGGAGUUCUUUUAUAUCCAGAUGGAACGCUUUGCCCGCCAGGCAGCCAGAGAGGGGCUUACAUCUGCCAGGGAAAGAGUACUGCGCCUGGGCAGGGAUACCGAGCUUUACCGCAUUCUUAACAUGCACUACAACAAAAGCAAUGAUUACCAGGUUCCAGAGAGGUUUGUGGAGGUAGCUGAGCUAGCCCUGAGGGAGUUUUUCUCUGCCAUACAGAGCAGUCGAGAUACUGAUCCCUGCUGGAAGAAGGCCAUCUAUAAGAUCAUCUGUAAAUUAGACAGCCCAGUGCCUGACAGCUUCCGCCUGCCCGGCUGCCCCACAGACACUUACCGGAUGGGCUGAACAGAAUUAAUUACAUGCACACACUCAGUCUCAUAUAAAACAUACAAUGUGCAUGGAUUGAUAUCACAAGUGUGCACAGUUGAGUAUGAACAGUGAACAAUUUGAAUUGGCAAAGAUCCAAGAAAAAAAAACCACGCACAAUUGCACUGUGAAUAUUGAGGGCACUGAAUAUGUGAUUUAUUAUUCUCACGGUGCUUAAAAGUAUUUCUUGUUUAAAUAUGGUCUAAUUGAUAACCUACAUUCUACUUUAAUGCAGCAUUAUUCUAGUUAGCACUAAGGAAUGCUCGGAAACAUUUUCUCAUUUACUUGAUGUUACAUUAUUGCUCAUUAAUUUAUCUCUAAAUGCAAGCCUGGCUGGCUGGCAUUGAUCUUUUUAUAUGACUUGUAACUUGUUAUAUAAUAUUGCUAAGUUUCUGUGGAAAUGUAAUGUUGCAAAAUGUAUUAAAAUAAGUGAAACUCUUAAAUGCAAGUCUGGAUAAUCUGAAUUUGUUUUUUAA